AUGCCAUUGAAGAAAGCCUUAUCUGUUCCUGGGCUUCUCAGCGGAGCACUGAUUGAGCACUCAUUGCUUGUGAACUCCAUUUCUCCGAAUAUGCAGGUCUGUGCAGUAGAGGAGAAGGAUUUUUGUGCAGUGCAGGUUGUAAAGGCACUAAAUGAAGCGAAGAGGAUUGUUUUCGAAAUCCGCGAUGGUAAAACAGCAGGAUACUUGUUUUAUACGACGCAAACUCGCAUCGAUGGUUCUGAAGUCGAUGUUUUUCUCGAAUACCAUCCUUAUCUUUUCGUUCAACUUGAACGUUGUCGCCAUCGUUUAUUUGGAACAUUUUCUGAAGCAGUUGAUGAAUACUAUGCAGUUAUUGAUGCGCAGAGACAUCAGCAGGCUGUCGUCAAAGUUGAAAAAGAAGCAAUGAAAAGACUUGAUAACGUGAGGAAGGACCAACAUCGUCGUAUUUUGGAGCUGGAAUACAGUCGCGAGGAGAAGAUGCUGAUGGCCGACCUUAUCAUUCACAAUCAGACACUUGUGGAUAGCGCUAUUCAAGUGAUAUGCAGUGCUCUGGCACUUAAAACCAGCUGGGAAAACGUGGAAAAAAUGCAUAUGGACGCUGUUAGCAAGGGAGAUUCAGUUGCAAGAGCGAUUGUGAAGCUGGAUUUGAAGAACAAUAUGAUUAUAAUGCGAUUAAGUGAAGAGCUAGAAGGUAUCCCAUCAAAAGAUGUCCCUAUAAGCAUUGAUACAACUGCUUAUGGCAACGCUUGUAAAUUAUAUCAUGGUAUGAAGGCUGCAGCAGAAAAAGCUUUGCGGACAGAAGCUGCUGCACAGAAAGCGAUCAAAAAUGCUGAAGACAAGGCGAAUGCGACCAUCAAAAAAGUUAAUGUUGAUGUCAAUUCGAUCAAAACUCGAAAACAAAUGUGGUUUGAGAAGUUUAUUUGGUUUGUAUCAUCGGAAAAAUACAUGAUAAUAGCUGGACGCGAUGCUGCACAAAACGAACUCCUAGUUAAGAGGUAUCUUCGCACCCAAGACAUCUACGUACAUGCCGACGCUUACGGCGCUGCAUCCGUCAUAAUUCGUAACAAAGAAGGAGGAGGUGAAAUUCCACCAAAAACGUUAACAGAAGCAGCUCAAAUGGCAACUUGCUGUACCAAAGCUUGGGGGUCGCACAUAUCAUCAUCUGCUUGGUGGGUGUACGCGUGGCAAGUCUCAAAGAUUGCCAAAUCUGGGGAGUACUUAACAAAAGGUAGCUUUGUUAUAAGAGGGAUGAAGAAUUUCAUGCCGAUAUGUCCUCUAGUCCUUGGUUUCGGCAUUUUGUUUCGCGUUGAUGAAAUCAGUGCUCAGAAACACCAGGAGAAAAUGCAGAAACAGUUUUCCAAUGCUUGCCCCUCGGAAAUCGUUGAAGAAGGUGAAGAAUGCAAUCGCGGUUCUGAUGAGAAUGCCUUACCAGUUGCAAAUCAUGUCGCAAAAACCAACGAACUUUUGGAAGAAUAUGAAUAUCCUGACAUUAAGCUUGAAGUUGCUACUGUUCGUCUACAAAACGAAGACGAUAGCCUCGAUGACUAUUCUGUGAUUAAUUUCACUCCCAAAGGUCGAACAAAGAGACAAAACGUCCCCACUACGGAGCUCGAAACUAAGCAAUAUUUGGAAAAGAAGGUUGAAGAGGAGCGCAAGGCUGCGAUUUUAAAGAAAGGUGGGAAACGAGAGAAACAUAAGAUGGAGAAAAUUCGUAGGAAAUAUCGCGACCAAGACGAAGAAGAACGAGAGAUGCGAAUGAAUUUAUUGGGAUCUCGAGGUAAACAAAAAAGCGCAGAAGAAAAUCCAUUUACUAGUGCCAAGCACACUACUGGAGCAACAAAGCUCAAGGAACGCACUCAGGAAAACAAACAAAAUGACGAAAAACUGGAAAUGCGAGUGGAGAAGGAAACUCCACUUGUAGAAAAUCGUGCACUUGGAGAACAGGGAAACAGGAAAAAACCUGUGGAGGAAGAAAGUGCACUUGAAAAGGAUGACAUACCCAAAGAUGUCUUAUCAUUUGCUGUAGAACUGGACAAGGCAGAACUAAACCGACCAUUAGAGGAAUCAACAGUCAAGAAAGAUAGCGAUGCUGAACCUAGCAAUAUGAUUGGUCUUCAAGGAAACAUUCAAGAAGAACUCAUUAGUGUUGGUACAUCGACUGAUGGAUGUAAGAGCGAUGUAGAAGCAAAUUUGGAUACAACUGUUUAUAAGGAACCAUUUGAAGACAAGGAAACGUCCCCUUCCGGUCGUGUGUUAGACGUAGUGCAGAAUGUAAACGAAGAUUAUGAGGAGGAGUUUAAGGAGUCCACGGGAGAUGAAGGAACUGAAACUCUCAUAACUCAACUAAUCUCGAAUCCGGACUCUGAUGAUAUCAUCAUUUAUGCUGUACCAAUGGUCGGCCCCUAUCAGGUUUUUCAAAAUUUCAAGUACAAGGUGAAGCUAACGCCCGGUUCCACCAAAAAAGGCAAAGCUGGUAAAACGGCCAUCGAUCUGUUUCUGCGGAUGAAGAACACCGAGGUGCGCGAACGUGAGUUCAUCCGUGCCAUCGCUUCUGAUGACAAAACCUGGGCAAACAUUCCUACCGGUUGUCGUGUUUCUGCUCCACAUUUGCACGCAAAAAAAUAG